AUCAACAGUCAACACCAACGUGAUAAUAAAACAUGAUCGUUGGUUCGUCGGUGAAGUUUAUUCCAACAUUAAAAUCAAUUUUUUACUUAAAAAAUGUAAGACUUGAGCAUUAUGUUGGUGUUGGUAGUUCAUUUAUGAGAUAUCCCAAGAAGAGGAGGUUCUCUAUCAACAUGGCAUUGUUAUACGAAUCCAAAGGCGAUGGUUCUGAAACAAAAUACGAUAUAUCGUCCAUGAGAUGUCCGUACCUUUCCAAACCGCAAGUAAUCAAAGAAGAACAGAUAGAAAAAGAUCCAAUUAAAUGGUUUAAAACAUGGUUCGAGUUGGCGAAACAAUGUAAAGAAAUUUCCGAACCGAAUGCAAUGUGUUUGGCUACAGCUACGAAAGAUGGAUUUCCAUCAGCUCGUUUCGUUCUGUUGAAAUCCUUCGGUACAGACGGAUUCGUUUUUUUCACCAACUCUGACAGCAGAAAAGGCAAAGAAAUGACUGAAAACCCGAACGUAGCUGUAGUAUUUUAUUGGGAAUCGUUGAAGAAAUCAGUUCGAAUCGAAGGAAGUGUCAGUAAAAUUCCACCGGCAGAAUCUGACGAUUAUUUUCACAGUCGACCUCGUGAUAGCCAAAUUGGAGCUUGUGUCAGUAAACAAAGCAGCGUUGUGGCUAAUCGACAAGUUUUAGAAGAUAUUAACGAAGAACUUACGAAAAAAUAUGAAAAUAAAGAGAUUCCGAGACCGAGUAAUUGGGGUGGAUAUUUAAUCACACCGAAGAAAAUCGAGUUUUGGCAAGGGCAAAGCAAUCGAUUACACGACAGAAUCGUUUUUCGAAAACCAUUACCGGAUGAAAAGCCCGAUGAAGUAAUGGUACAUUCCGCUGAAGCUGGUUGGGUAUACGAACACUUAGCUCCUUGAAGAAUCGAAAAUUAAAUUACAGAAAUAGGCAUUUUAUUCCUUCAAAAAUCCUCCGGAUGAGAAUUUCAAGUUACCAAUAAUUGCAGCUUUGGAUUAAAACCGUGGACAGAAUGUAGCCACUUCGUCCCAACUAGUCAUUGUAAUUUGUCAAUACGAAGCUUUAUUAAUUAUACAUCAGUCUACAAUUCCAUAUGUGUCUUCCAUUUUAUAUGUAUUCACGUUGAAUAAUAAUUAUUCUAACAAUGAUUAUAGUUGUAAAUAGAACUCAUUUCUCGUU